CCGCAGGCUCGGGCGGCGGCGGCGGCGGCGGCGGCGGCGGGCCGGCGCGGGGACGGCAAGUCAUUCACUACGCGGCAUCGACGCUUCCUCGUAGCACGGAGCGCGCCGCUCUCCUCAGCCUUUGCUGUUUUUCGCUGCGGAUUGUGUUCAACCCCGAUUUCAACAAACGACAAUAUGCGCGAGUGCAUCUCCAUCCAUGUUGGCCAGGCUGGCUGCCAGAUGGGCAACGCCUGCUGGGAGCUCUACUGUCUGGAGCACGGCAUCCAGGCCGACGGAACCAUCCCAUCAGACAAGUCUGCGGGUGUCAACGAUGACAGCUUCAGCACCUUCUUCCUGGAGACCGGAGCAGGAAAGCACGUGCCCCGCGCCGUGUUCGUCGACCUGGAGCCUUCCGUAGUCGACGAGGUGCGCACGGGCGCCUAUCGUCAGCUGUUCCACCCGGAACAGAUGAUCACCGGCAAGGAGGACGCCGCCAACAACUACGCCCGUGGCCACUACACCAUCGGCAAGGAGAUCGUCGACCUGGUGUUGGACAGAGUCAGGAAACUCUCCGACCAGUGCACCGGUCUGCAGGGUUUCCUGAUCUUCCACUCGUUCGGCGGCGGCACCGGCUCCGGCUUCACCUCGCUGCUGAUGGAGCGUCUCAGCGUCGACUACGGCAAGAAGUCGAAGCUGGAGUUCGCCAUCUACCCUGCGCCGCAGGUGGCCACGGCCGUGGUGGAGCCGUACAACUCCAUCCUGACCACCCACACCACCCUGGAGCACUCGGACUGCGCCUUCAUGGUCGACAACGAGGCCAUCUACGACAUCUGCCGCCGCAACCUGGACAUCGAGCGUCCGUCCUACGCCAACCUUAACCGUCUGAUCGGCCAGAUCGUCUCCUCCAUCACGGCCUCGCUGCGCUUCGACGGCGCCCUGAACGUGGACCUGACCGAGUUCCAGACCAACCUGGUGCCGUACCCGCGUAUCCACUUCCCGCUGGUCACCUAUGCUCCGGUCAUCUCGGCGGAGAAGGCCAACCACGAGCAGCUUUCGGUCUCCGAGAUCACCAACUCCUGCUUCGAGCCGGCUAACCAGAUGGUCAAGUGCGACCCGCGCCACGGAAAGUACAUGUCCUGUUGUCUGCUUUACCGUGGAGACGUCGUCCCGAAGGACGUCAACGCCGCCAUCGCCACCAUCAAGACCAAGAGGUCCAUCCAGUUCGUCGACUGGUGUCCGACCGGCUUCAAGAUCGGCAUCAACUACCAGCCGCCGACCGUGGUGCCCGGCGGCGACCUGGCCAAGGUGCAGCGUGCCGUCUGCAUGCUGUCCAACACCACCGCCAUCGCCGAGGCCUGGGCGCGCCUGGACCACAAAUUCGACCUGAUGUACGCCAAGCGCGCCUUCGUGCACUGGUACGUCGGCGAGGGCAUGGAGGAGGGCGAGUUCUCCGAGGCGCGCGAGGAUCUGGCCGCGCUGGAGAAGGACUACGAAGAGGUCGGUGUGGAUUCAGCGGAUAUGAUGGAAGACGAAGGCGAAGAAUACUAAUCCAGACAUCAUCCGAUGUCGCGCUUCGGUGGUGCUACGGCUUACAGAAUCGACAGGCCGAUGCUGUCAAAUCGAAGCAUCCAACUCGAUCAUUGUGGUGUUCCUGUCACUGUGAUGUACUUGCUCAUAUGCACUGAGAUGUCAUAUGCUAUCUGACGCAGCUAAUCGUGUAUGAAUUGAAAUUCACCUGGCCAGGUAUUCGCAAUGUGCACGCACGGAUCGAUCAUCGAGAUCCCAAGGACCAAUAAACGUAACCCAUGAAA